AAUUAGAUAAUUACAUACAUGUAAACUUCAUAUUCCAUACCUUUUACCCACCCUUACCUUCAUCCCUAUACCUACAACCACAUACCAGCAUACGCCCUUUGUUGAGUAUGCGAGCUAAGUUAUCAUAACCUAAUAACCUAGCAUUCCACGUCCGGGGAAUCAUGGCCCUUUCAAGAUCAGCGAGUGGCCCUGGCGGCUUGUCUAUCAACACGUCGUCCGCGAACUUGUUCCAGCAGCAACCUGCUCCCGGAGGAAGCCUUUUCGGCAACGCAUCAAAUGCAUCAACUACACCUAAGCCAUCUUUAUUUGGAAAUACUACCACCGCCACCACCACUUCUACCGCUACCACUCAACCCUCAGCCAGCAGCCUCUUUGGAUCCUCCUCUACUACUCCAUCAUCUCAGCCACAACAGACGACUUCUAGUCUGUUUGGAGCAAAGACUACCCCUACACCGCAGCAGCAGGGGGGGAGCCUUUUCGGGAGCACGCAGCCUGCUCAGGCUCAAACGCAGGCGCAGGCGCAGGCUCCGAUACAGCCCGCCACCGGACUAUUCGGCGGCAGCACAACCGGCCAGUCGACAUCUACGGGAACUGGAGCUUCUGGGGGGCUGUUCGGUAGUACUACGAAGCUUUCACAGCCAGCGGCAAGCAGCGGGGUAUCGUCUUUAUUUGCUGCUAAUCAAAAGGCUCAAUCCCAACCACAACAACCAGGCCUAGGUCUGGGCAAUUCCCUUGGCCUUGGCCUGACCAUGGGCCAAUCGUCCACCCAACAGACAGUUCCCGGUGUGCGUAUCGAUAUAAGCAACCUCAAGGGAACCACGAGGUUUAAUGACCUCCAGGAAGAUCUGCAGAAGAAAAUAGAGAGUGUCGACAUGUUCAUCCAGCAGCAAAUGCGGAAUAAGGACGAAGUGGACUCAUUCAUGCCUGGUCAUAAGGAGAUGCUCGAAAGCAUCCCUAGCGAUGUCAGUUUUGUUGCCAAAAAGUACGAGAGCGCGCAUAGUGCACUGGCAUCGGCUGCUCAGGCUAUCGAUGCAGCCCGCGGUUUGGUCGCUCAAGAUGUGGAUCAUGCCCGCCUAAGUUUCCGAGCCAUCGAUAACUUGAAGUUGCCUGAACAGUACCACACAGCCGGGAUAUGGUCCCCUAGGCAGCAGUCGGCAGGCACGGCGAACGCGGAGGCGGACGGGCAGGAUCUAGUCAGCUUUUUCUCUAAGGCGGCAGAUGACAUGGAAGAUCAAGUUAAGAGAUACGACCGAAAUAUGACUGAGAUUGAGAUGCACAUGCAUGGCGUCUCCGAUAACUUGGUAGAGCAGUUGCAGAAGAUGAUGGCUAACAAGAAUGGGGCGCCAUCUGGCCCCAACGAGAAAGCCCAAGAGCUUAGCGCUGUGCUUAGGGAGUUGCAGCAGGGUAUUCUGAAGGUGGCUGGCGAUGUCGCAGGCGUGAGAGAAAAUAUGACCCAGCUCCAGUUGGGCAAUUUCAUUAGCAACGACGGCGACCGCAAUGGUGUCUACUAGGUACCAUUUUGAUUUGCAGGACUGCGUAUUAUGUGGCUUAGAUACCCUGGUGAAAAUGAAAAUAAUUAACGGGAUAUGGUUUAAUGAAGUAACAACUGUCAAAUUCGGACACAUACACCUAUUUUCCUGGAUCCCGUAUUUGAAUCCUUCGGAGAGGAUCGACCUUGGUAGACAGGUUACCAUCCUGCGUGUGCCUAGUCCAGUGCGUUUAUCCUGAUACAGCAGUAGGAUGUCAUGACACAUAUCUAAAAAAAAAAGAAGAAAAGAAGAAGAAGAAAAAGAGUUGUACACUAUAAGGCUCAGUAUUGACAUCUUAUAUGGUGUACACGAGAAAUAUCGU